ACUGUUUUACGUCCGUUUUCUGACGUGAUUUACGCAAUUUUGAAGUAUCAGUUUAACGUGUUCGUUAGCUUUUGAGAACGUGCAACAAAGUUCGUUUUUAAUUGGCGAGCUAGUUUUUGAAAAAAAAAAAAAACAAUGAAAAUGAAAAUAGGUGUUGAAAAUUCGGACAUCGCAUCACAUGGGGUUAGUGAAACCAACAAUAACGCAACUGGCAAUGCCGUUCACGGAGUUAUUGUACGGAACGCGAUCAAAACUUACGGUGUGGGAAGCAACCGCUAUCCAGUACUCAAUGAGCUAAACAUGGCGGUUAAAAAAGGGACAAUUUAUGGAUUACUGGGAGCCAGUGGUUGUGGUAAGACAACUCUGUUGAGUUGCCUCGUCGGUCGUCGUAGUUUGAAUAGCGGGGAACUUUUAGUUUUGGGGCAUGAGCCCGGUUCGUUAAACAGUGGCAUCCCUGGUCCAAAGGUCGGCUACAUGCCCCAAGAACUGGCCCUCUAUGGAAAUUUUACAAUCAAAGAGACGCUCUUUUUCUUCGGUGGUAUCUACAAGUUAAAGGCGGCGUUCAUCAACUCACAAUGUGAAUUUCUGUCUAAAUUGUUGGACCUGCCUCCAUGCGAUCGUUACGUCAAGACGUUGAGCGGUGGUCAGCAGCGCCGCGUGUCGUUCGCCGUUGCAUUGUUUCACGAGCCGGAAUUGCUUAUUUUAGAUGAACCAACUGUCGGUGUGGACCCUUUGCUAAGUCACAGUAUUUGGAAUCACCUCGUACGUCUAAGUGUCGAACAUGGAAGAACCGCCAUUGUCACAACCCACUACAUUGAAGAAGCGCGCCAAUCUCAUACGAUUGGUUUGAUGCGCUCUGGUCGACUGUUGGUCCAAGAUUCACCAGAAAAUCUACUGAAUAAUUACAGAGCUCCAUCGUUAGAAGAUGUCUUUCUUAAGCUGUGCAUUAAAGAUGAUGGUAAGAAUCAACUCGACUGUGACACUGAGGCACAUGCAUCAAAUGCUGUUCCUGCUUCAACGCAGCACUCAACAUGCAGAUUAAACACUUCAGUAACUGAACAUCCAUCUUCCAGUAAGGGCCCAUGUUUGAAGAUACCUCGGCUGUCUGCGCACCGCAUCGGCGCAUUAGUUCGAAAGAACUACGUGCUGUCCUUUCGAAAUAUUGGGAUAUUUUUAUUCACCUAUUUUUUACCUGCUUUGCAAGCAUCUCUGUUUAAUGUAACCCUUGGACACGAGCCAACUGGCCUCAGAAUGGCGAUCGUUAAUGAUGAGCUGGAUGUCAACCAAGGAAACGUCUGCAACUACACGACGGAUUGCGAUUACUCGAUGCUCAGCUGUCGUUAUCUUCGAUACAUUAAAGACAAUAUUAUCCAGGUCCCGUAUGCAAAUGUAUCAGAUGCUUUGGAAGCCGGAAGAAAAGGCCAAGUCUGGGGAGUCGUGCAUUUUGGCUGGAAUUUCUCUAAAGAGUUUGAAAUGCGAGAAUCGGAUGGUAAUGCAGCAGAAUUAGCAAAUAUUAUCGGCAGUCAAAUCGGCAUUAACAUGGAUUCUUCCAAUCAGCAAGUUGGCGUGUUUAUUGAAAAAUGGCUUUUGGAAGCCUUUUCAGACUUUGUCAGAGAUUUUAGAGGAGCGUGUGGGAACGUGCCUGAAGCGGGUCUCUUACCCGUUACGUUUCUUGAUCCGGUCUAUGGCCAGAAAAACACUCCAUUUACUGAAUUUAUGGCACCUGGUCUUAUCAUAUCGAUCGUGUACAACAUGGCUGUGGCGCUAACGGCAGGUGUUUUCAUUACAGAAAGGAAGCAGGGUUUACUCGACCGGUGUUUGGUAGCAGGCGUGAGAAUGCCUGAAAUCUUGUUGAGUUACCUGAUUAACCAGUUCACCGUUAUGGUUGGUCAGACAGCCUUGGUUUAUGUGGUUAUGUUAUUGGUGUUCAACAUUCCAUGUCAAGGCAAUCUAGCUGUUGCCAUAUUUAUAACUCUGCUGCAGGGUCUUGUCGGCAUAUCAUUUGGAUUAUUGAUAUCCACUGGGUGCGAUAAUGAGAUGGGGGCCCUAUCGCUUUCACAGGCCAGUUUUCUUCCUUUAUUAGUUAUUAGUGGCAUUUGUUGGCCGAUUGAAGGUAUGCCGCUUUAUCUCCGUAAGAUCGCUUAUGCGAUGCCGUUAACCUGCGCCAUCGAAUCUGUGAGAUGCAUCUUUUCACGAGGGUGGGGCGUGGACCACUCUAAUGUUUAUGCCGGGGUUUUAGUUAGUAUUUCGUGGAUUUUUGCGUUUUUAGCGCUUUGCUUGAUUGUCGCACGUAUCCGCAGGUUUGCUAGUUAAACUUGAGUGAUUAGAUUUACGGUUAAUGUUUCAGGAGCCUUCCAUAUUUAGCGAAUGGAAGUCCGUUAGUGAAUUAUAGGGUUUCUGUUUUUACUCAGGUGUUACAUUUUGAGCUUACAAAAGAACGCAUUUUAGCUCAGUUAACAGGCUUAUUGUCCUUUUUUUUACGUUCAUAACUUGUUUACUGGAAAAUGUAAGAUUUGACCUAAUUCCUCUAAACGAAAGCAAAGUUUUUGUACUAGUUUCUUGCAUAUUCGGGCAUAGGUGUUUUUCAUUCAAUAUUUUUGCAGUUUACGCUUGUCUAUAGAAAUAAGGUUGGUGUACUCGAACGAAAUCCUGAAGGUUACAAGUUCACAUGUGUAUUCAAUGAACGCAACAAUAUAAAAAAAAAUUGUAUGGUUUUGAUUCAG